AUGAGAUCUCAACUUCCUCCAUUAACAACAAGAAUCACACAAAUCAUAUGUGCCAUUGCUUGGUGUUUAGUAGCAGCAGGACCAGUAUUUGGCUUUGCGGCAAUUAAACCAAUAUUUAUAUCUCAACAUAUUUAUGAAAAUAAAUGUGAUUUAUCAACAACAACAACAACAACAACAACAACAACAACAACAACCACUACAAAUGAAUUUAUAUCUAAUGACGCUAAAUGUGUUGAACAAGAUUUAUCAUUGAAUUUUUUAUUUACUAUUGCUUGUAUGGUGACUAAUAUAUCGGCAUUGCCUGUCGGGUCAAUAUUAGAUUCUUAUGGACCGAAAAUUACCGGGAUUAUAGGAUCAAUUUUAUUAACUUUAGGAUCAUUAAGUUUAAAAUUUGCUUCACAUAUUGAAAAGAUUCAAAUAUUUGAUGGUUAUUUGAUAGGUUAUACAUUAUUAGCCCUUGCUGGACCAUUUGUAUUUAUAUCAUGUUUCCAAUUAGCUAAUUGUUUCCCGCAAAAUCUGGGAUUAAUUUUAGCUUUAUUAACUGGAGCAUUUGAUUCUUCAUCAGCAUUAUUUUUAUUUUAUCGAUUAUAUUAUACGAAUGUUUCACCAAUUUCAAUUGAUAAAUUUUUCACAUUAUAUUUAAUUGUUCCAAUUUUUAUUUUCUUAUGUCAAAUGUUUAUCAUGCCUAAGGAUUCUUAUAAAACCGUUGGUACUUUGGCGAAAAUUGCUGAAACGGGGAUUGAUGAAACUGGUAAACCAUUGGAUAGUAAUUUAUUAACACCUGAAGAUCAACAACAACAACAACAGCGUGAUAAUUCAGCAACAGCGGCUAUAGUUGAUGUUACAGAAUAUUAUCAACCAACAAUAUCAGAAACUACUUCAUUACUUAUGAGAAGAGCUUCAGCUCCAACAAGUAGAAGAGAAUCAACGGCACUGAGAAUGUCAUAUAGUUCAAUUAAAUCUCGUUAUGAACAAGAGGCUGAUUCUAAAUUAAUUCAUUCAUCUGGUGGAGUAUUUGGUGUUUUACAUGGUUAUUCAAUUACUGAACAAUUGAAUUCUGGUUGGUUUAUAUUAAUGACGUUAUUUACCACGAUUCAAAUGUUAAGAAUUAAUUAUUUUGUUGCCACAAUUAAAUCACAAGAACUUUAUUUAUAUCAUGGUAAUGAAUCAUUAGCAACCACCAUAAAUCAUUUUUUCGAUUUAGCAUUACCUUUAGGUGGGAUUUUUUCAAUUCCAUUCAUUGGAUUAAUUUUAGAUAAUUUGACUACAUUAACUGCAUUAUAUAUCUUGACGGGACUUUCAUUAUUCAUUGGGGUUGCUGGAUUAGUAUCUUGGUUACCUGCCACUUAUGCUGGGAUUAUAGUUCUUGUGGUUUAUAGACCAUUUUAUUAUACUGCCGUGAGUGAUUUUUGUGCUAAAGUAUUUGGGUAUGAUAAUUUUGGUACCGUUUAUGGAACCAUUAUUGCCUUUUCCGGGGUAUGUAAUAUUUUACAACAAGUUAUGGAUAAAGCUACUCAUGAAUUUUUCAAUAUGAAUCCAGGUCCUAUAAAUACAUUGUUAGUAGUAUUGACGGCAGUGUUUGGUUUUGCUUUAAUAAUAUUUGUUAAAUCAAAAGAAGCUCAUAUUAAAAGAAAAAAUUUAGAAAUGGAAGCUCAAGAUGCUUCAAAUAGGCCAGUACCAGUAUAA